AUGCCAACCGCCGUUAGACAGGAAGAAGUAGAAGAAGAAGUAGAAGUAGUAGAAGAAGAAAAGCCUUGGUCGACGGAAGGCGGAAGUAAACCAAGAGCGGUGGCUAAACACGAUCUUCUUGUGAGGUUGACGGAUGACGUGGAUCCAUGUUUUCUCUACAGCCUCCACAUUUCAGAAGAAGAUUUUCAAAGUAUAAAAGUGCAGCAGAGAAUUCGGUUGGAAUUCACAUCAUUUCCCGACAUGCUCAUUGAGUAUUUUAAUGAAUGUCGGUCCGAGCAGAAGUCCAGCCAUCCCAGGUUCCAGCUGCUUCUUUCUAGUGACUCUGCCUCACUCCAAGGCCCCGCCAAGUUCUGUGUAAUAGAGAGAUGUUCCUACCAAGACACGAACCGCCUGACCCUGAGGCUCAAGCCAGGCUCAGACAGAGAAGUCAAUGAGUAUCUGGCUGCAUCUCUGACAUCUCUCAAGGGCUACUACGUCAUCGAUACGUUAAUGAAUGAUGAGAAAAAGUAUAGACAUGAGGUGGAAACUCUGGUGGUCAAACUCCAUAACACGGACGUUGAGCUGAAGAAACAGCAGAAGAUCCUCCAGGAGACCCAGGCCAAACUUGAGCAGACUGAAAAAGACCUCCAUGAGACUCAGCAGCAGCUCUCCAGCAAGGACCAGCAGACUCUGUCAGAGAAGACCAAAGAGUUGGACGAGCAGCAUUUGGAAUCGAGACUUCAGACCAAAUUGCUGUCCAACCUUCACUCGGAGCGGCUGGAGUCCGAGAAGGAGAAGGUGGCGGAGAUACAGAGCCGACUAGAGAAGCAGGAGCUGAGCCACAAGCUGGAGAGCGAUCGCCAGCAGUUUCAAACACGCCUGGCAGAACUGGAGAAACCCUGCCAGGACCUGACGCAAGGGAGGUACAAAGACGGGUCGGCCAUCGACGAGCUCAAAUGCAAGCUGACGGGUGCCAAGCAGCAUUGUCGGCACUUCAAGCAGCAGGUGGAGUCUCUGGAGAAGGAGAUCCACUCUCUCCACACAACCCUCCACGAGAAGGAGCGUCUGGCCAACCAGCUCCAGAUGAGGGUGGGCGUGCUGGAGCAGCAGGUGGUCCAUACCAGCGAGGCGCUCGAGGCCACCAAGCAGCAGAAGGUUGAAAAGCUUCAAAAGCAGCUGAAUGAAGACAAAGACUUGCUGAAAACCAAAGAGAACGUCAUCAGUUGUCUCCACAGGCAGCUAAAUGAGAAGCCGAUUGCAGAGAUGCCACACCUUCCAGAACCUUUGGAGAGUGCGUCUGCGCUGUCGUCCGCUGGACUACGGACGCAAUUUGAUCCUCAAACCUCCAAAGCGGCGUCCUCUGACCUAGGUGCAGUUCCUAAGCACACACAAUCUGCAGGUCUGGACCCCAAAUAUUUCAGGCUAUCGGACAGCAUUCCAGUCUACGGCCUUCCAGCCAGUCUGCCUCCCAGAGAGUCCCCACCUGAACGGAACACAGCACCUGUGCCAUCAUCCUAUUUCCCUUCCUAAACUUUAUUUAUUUAUUUAUUUAUUUAUUUUAAUUCAACCGUCAUUGUUCCUGUGUUCUGUAUGUUAACUUUAAUAAACAACAAAUUACUUAAUUUUGCUGUCAUAGUCAUCAAGAAUCACAGAGGGUUCAUUUUUUAUUUUAAUGAUUGUUUAUAAUGCUCGUGGCAGUCAUGUGACCAUCAACUGGUGAGCCUUUUAACUUAAUUAUGUUUCUUACAUCCAAUCAUGCACUAGCCUGGCUGCUAGUCUGUUAAUGACACUUGUUUUUUUAAAGGGGAACUGCACUUUUUUGGAAUUUUGACCAUCAUUCACAAUCCUUACAAAAGACAUGACGACGUGGAGCGGUAUAGCUCGGUUGGUAGAGUGGCCGUGCCAGCAACUUGAGGGUUGCAGGUUCGAUUCCCGCUUCUGCCAUCCUAGUCACUGCCGUUGUGUCCUUGGGCAAGACACUUUACCCACCUGCUCCCAGUGCCACCCACAUUUUUUUUUAA